AGACAACAAAAAUAAAUUUGUGGAAAACAAGCAGAGUGAAUGAUGGCGGCGUCGCUGGUUCGGCGGGACAAGAAUUCUACUGCUGCCCAUUUAAAGGCAGAUCUUAAUUGGACUGACAACACCUCUGGUGUCCGACAACUUCAAGAACUACUUGAUUGUGUUCUUAAUCCAGAAAAGCCAGCGGCAGACACAGAAGCCCUUGACUGGUGUAAAUGUCUAAUAGCAGGAGGAGAAGGUUUCGAAGAGUUCUGCAAAACGGUCCGGUCCUAUGACAACGCUACUUUAUGUGGCUUGGUUUGGACAGCCAAUUUUGUGGCAUACCGCUGUCGGACCUGUGGCAUUUCUCCUUGCAUGUCACUUUGUGCAGAAUGUUUUAAUAACGGCGAUCACACAGGCCAUGAUUUCAACAUGUUCAGGAGCCAGGCUGGUGGGGCCUGUGACUGUGGAGACAGUAAUGUCAUGCGAGAGACUGGAUUUUGCAAUCGGCAUCGGUUAAGAACCGGGGAGAAUGUCCCCACAGUCCCCAGAGACUUACUACUGAUGUCAGAGAUGGUCCUGCCUCGCUUCAUCAUCUGUAUCAUACAAUACCUAAGGGAUGGAUACACUGAACCAGACACAUCAACUGAGAGGGACCUACAGAAGGUCUUACAGCAGCUGGAACCCCAGAUCUCCUUCUUAGAAGAACUUACGAAGAUGGGGGGGGCAAUGAGAACUGUACUGACAAAGAUCCUAACGAAUCAGCAAAUAUUCAAGGACCUGAGCAUGGGUCAAGAGGAUAAUGUAUAUGCAAAAAUGAACUAUGAGAAAUACCUGUCAGCGCUGAAGAACUCAUGCCUGGUGUCUGUAGAGGAGAAGGCCCAGUCUGGGGCUGCAGAGCCCACUCUCGGGGCUGAGGCAGGGGCUGGCGCAGGGGCUCUGGGCUUACUGGGAGCUGAAGCACCAGCCAGCCCUGAUGAGUCCAAUAAAGAGGAGGAUCAAGAUGGGGGGCAAUCUGUUGGACAGAGAAAGAGAGUUAAACUUAGUAGCACUGCCAAAGAUCAAUCCAUUAUGGACUCUCUAAAACACAAAUGUUUUCUGGAGGAGUUGCUGUUUUGGACAAUAAAGUAUGAGUUUCCUCAGAAGAUGGUUACUUUUCUACUGAACAUGCUGCCAGAUCAAGACUACAAGAUCACCUUCACGAAAACAUUUGUUCAACAUUAUGCGUUCAUUAUGAAGACACUGAUGAAAAGCCAUGAGUCAGAUACCAUGUCCAACCGCAUCGUACAUAUCAGUGUACAGCUGUUCAGCAAUGAGGAGCUAGCACGUCACGUCACCGAGGAGUGUCAACUCCUAGACAUCAUGGUUACUGUCCUCCUCUACAUGAUGGAGAGUUGCCUUAUCAAAAGUGAACUUCAAGAUGAAGAGAACAGCAGCCAUGUUGUGGUCAACUGCAGCGAGCCUCUGCUGAAGAACAACACUUACUGGCCUUUAGUUAGCGAUUUUAUUAAUAUUCUCUCACACCAAAGUGUAGCAAAAAAAUUCCUGGAGGACCACUCACUGCUCAUGCUGUGGAUGAGCUUUGUGUCCUUCUUUCAAGGUAUGAACUUGAAUAAGCGGGAGUUGAGUGAGCACGUGGAGUUUGAGUCCCAGACGUACUAUGCAGCAUUUGCGGCAGAGUUGGAGGCCUGCGCACAACCAAUGUGGGGUCUCCUCACACACUGCAAAGUCAAAGAGACACAGGAAUACACCAAGACGGUGGUGCGUUACUGCUUGGAGACUCUGCAGAUCUGGUUUGAUGCCAUUGGCUUUGUGGACGAGCCUGCUCCAAAUCAAGUGACCUUUCACCUGCCACUGCACCGUUACUACGCCAUGUUCCUAAGCAAGGCAGUGAAGUGCCAGGGGCUUGACCUGGACAGUCUCCUCCCACACCAAGAGAUGCUCAUGAAGAUCAUGGUCCAUCCACUCCAGAUUCAGGCGAGCCUGUCAGAGAUUCACAGUAACAUGUGGGUAAGAAAUGGUCUCCAGAUCAAAGGACAGGCUAUGACGUACGUGCAGUCUCACUUCUGCAACUCCAUGAUCGAUCCAGACAUCUUUCUGCUCCAGGUGUGUGCGUCAAGGCUUGAUCCCGACUACUUCAUCUCUUCAGUGUUCGAGAGAUUCAAAGUGGUGGACCUGUUGACCAUGGCCUCUGUGCACCAGAAUGCAGUACUGGACGGUGAGCAGGAGAGGCCAAUGCUGGAGGGAGCCUUGACGUUUCUUGUCAUCUUGUCCAGUCUUCGCAUUCACUUGGGCAUGGCAGAUGAUGAAAUUCUCAGAGCCGAGAUGGUCUCCCAACUGUGCAUGAACGACCGCACCCACAGUUCACUGUUGGACCUCAUUCCUGAGAAUCCCAACCCCAAGAGUGGGAUCGUCCCGGGAAGCUGCAGCUUUGAGGAGAUGCUGUCUGCUGUGGCUGACUUCAAAGCCCCCGUGUUUGAACCUGGGGGUUCCAUGCAGCAGGGCAUGUACACACCUAAAGAGGAGGUGUGGGAGAAGGAGUUUGACCCCAUCAUGGUGGUUCUCAGAACAGUCUACCGUCGUGAUGUCCAGUCAGCAAUGGACAGAUACUCAGCAUUCUUGAAACAGUCUGGGAUGCACACGACAGGGAAUCCAUGGCCACCGUACAAAGAGCGGACUCCUCUGCACCCAUGUUACAAAGGCCUGGACAGACUUUUACACUGCAAGACUCUUCACAUUGUCAUCUUCACUCUGCUUUACAAGAUCUGGCUGGAUCACUCCAACAUGUCUGAGCAUGUUCUGUGCAUGGUGCUCUACCUGAUUGAGCUGGGCUUGGACAACCAGGUUCAAGAGGACAAGGAGGAGGAGGAGCCUUGCAUUGAGGAGCACUGCCAUGACAGCUGGUUCCCAGGCACCAACCUCCUGUCCAACCUGCACCAUGUCAUCAACUACGUGAGGGUGAGGGUGCCUGAGACUGCCCCCGAGGUGAAGAGGGAGAAGGAUCCCCCUCCCAGCACCAGCGCUCAGGCAUCCAACUUCGGCCAGAACGUCCGGGAGGCGCAGGUGUUCAGCCUGGUGGCUGAGCGCAGGAGGAAGUUCCAGGAGAUCAUCAACCGCAGCAGCACCGAGGCCAGCCAGGUGGUGAGGCCCAAGAGCAGCUCUACGCGCUGGGUCCCGCCCGGCACGCCUCCCCAGCUGGUCACAGAGAUCCUGGAGAUCCGCGAGAGCAUGCUCUCCCUGCUCAUCAAGCUGCACCAGAAGCUGUCGGCCAAGCAGAACUCUCUGUCGGCCACUUGGCUGGAGGAUAUGGAAACCAGCAGCCACGCCCACGGGGAUGGCAUCACCGCCAUCGAGCGCGUCCUCACCAAGGCAGCCACGCGCAGCCGCCAGAGCAAGCGCAGCAUCCAGGAGAUCUGUGGGAAGGUCUCUCCUCCCGUCGCUCCCAAGAAGAACAGCCCCACUGACAAGAAGACCAUGGAUAAGGACGAGAGGCGUCAGAGGGCUCGAGAGAGACAGCAGAAGCUACUGGCUGAGUUUGCCUCCAGACAGAAGAGUUUCAUGGAAACAGCCAUGGAUGUCGAAUCUCCAGAUGCUGAAGCAGCCAUGGACCUGGGUGCCUCUGAGGUGAUGGAGUCUGAGGUCCUCUAUGACUGUGUGAUCUGUGGCCAGAGUGGCCCUUCCACUGAGGACCGGCCCACUGGCCUGGUGGUUCUCCUCCAGGCAUCGUCAGUGCUGGGACACCGAUGCAAGAGUGACGAGACGAAGAAACUGCCUACCACUGACGAUGAGCACAUCUACCCAGCGGACACGUGCGGGGCGGCUCAAGACGUCAGACUCGCUCUCAUGCAACGCUUCUUCAAAGAUAGUUCCUGUCUGCAGUCGGUCUCAAUAGGCUGGGAUGGGGGUGUGUAUGUGCAGACCUGUGGACACACCCUGCACAUAGACUGCCACAAGUCCUACAUGGAGUCUCUGCGGAAUGACCAGGUGCUGCAGGGCUUCUCUGUGGAUAAGGGCGAGUUCACCUGCCCGCUGUGCAGACAGUUUGCCAACAGCGUGCUGCCUUGCCGCCCGGGCCGGAGCACCGAGGUGGUCAGCUGGCACAUGCCCACCAACAAGAAGACCGCUGUGCUGGUGAAGGAGGUGGAGGACCUGCAGGAGCAGCUGGGGCUUUUCUCAACGGAGUCCAACCUGAGUAAAGAAAUGGAGUCGGUGAUCAAGGACAUCAAGAACACCACCCAGAGGAAGUACAUGGACUAUGGCAAGAACCCCGGUUCCCCUGACAACGACUUCCUCUUCAUGUACUCUGUGGCCAGGACAAACCUGGAGCUGGAGCUGGUGCACCGUGGAGGGAACCUGUGUUCUGGAGGAGCCAGUGCUGCAGCCAAGCGCUCCUGUCUCAAUCAGCUUUUCCAUGUGCUUGCCAUGCACAUGCGUCUGUACAGCAUUGAUUCUGCGUACAAUCCCUGGACCAGGUUGACCCAGGUGGCUCAGAGAAGAGACGACUGCCUGGAUGACGAGAGGCCAGAGGUCCCCAUGCUGUUCAGAGACUGCCCAUCCCUGCUCAUCAUCUUUGUGUUGACCAUGCCACAGCCACUACGCAAAGAACACUUCAUCUGUCUGGUGAGGAUGCUGUACAACCUGCAGUACACCCAGGCUCUGGCAUCUCUCUCAGCCAAGUUCAGCCCCGAGGAGAGGCAGGCCUGGAGCACGUCUGGAGCUCUCAAGAAGAAUGCUUUCAAUGCCGAGAAGUCCUAUGACGCUCUUCUCAGCCAUGUCAUCGGUGAGCUGUCCAAGGUGAAGACUGUGUAUGAUGUGAACACUGAAGUGCCGUCUAUGCUGAGCUCCAGUGUGUGGUCCCCACACUCCAUAGAGUACAGCCUCCAGCAGUUCUGCCUGCCCUACCUCCGCCUCUCCUGUCUCCUGCAGCACCACCUCUAUGGGGACAAACUGUCAGGUUGCCCGGAGGUAGAGGAGUUCUCAGGCCUCGCCGGCUGUCUAGGGCUCCUGGCCCCGGCCCUUCAACCAUCCAACCCCAUCUACAGUGCCUCGUGUCUUGACUGGACGGUCAACGCUUUCGACCUGAUGACUCAAUGGUGCUCUGAGGUCACGGGGCUCUCUGACACUCAGGCAAAGAAAUCAAUAACCUUGCUUGUCCAGGAUCCACAGUGGGCGUCCCCCCACCUCCUCCACUUACCUGACCACUACAACAUCAUCUUCCAGUACUACCACAAGAAGGCCUGCACUUCCUGCAAAAAGGUGCCAAAGGACCCAGCACUCUGCCUCGUCUGUGGCGCCUUCGUCUGCCUCAAAGGGCUGUGCUGCAAGCAGCAGGGGAUCUGUGAAUGUGUUUUGCACUCUCAACACUGUGGUGCAGCAACAGGCAUCUUCCUAUUGAUCAACGCCUCUGUCAUCAUCAUCAUCCGAGGGCAUCGCUUCUGCCUGUGGGGCUCUGUUUACCUGGAUGCCCACGGAGAGGAGGACCGCGAUCUACGUCGUGGCAAGCCCCUGUUUCUAUGUGUGGAGAGGUAUAGAGUGCUGCAGCAACAGUGGGUUUCGCACACCUUCGAUCACAUUAACAAGCGCUGGGGACCUCACUACAACGGACUGUAAGGUUACCUGAACCCACACCCUGAUGGAAAAGAAUCUCUUUGGCUUAUGUGUCUGCCUCUGUUAAACAUAUAGGAAAUGUAUCAUGUGAUAUAAGCAAAUAUGCAGUGAGUGUCACUGCCACAGCCUUGGAUUAUGUGGAUUUUGGUGUACAAUCAUGCCUAAAGACUAACUGUGUGUGUGUGUGUGUGUAUGUUUUUAUUUAAGUGAUUUACUGUGUGAAUUUCAACAGGGAGAAACCUGAAAGCAGAACUUUGUCCAGUUAGUUUGGAAGAGGUUCUGAAGACAGACAGUUUUUUUUUCACCAAAAAAUACUCAGAUUCUGGUGGAUAUUUGUACACUCUGAUUGGCUUACAGGUUGAGUUCGAACUACUCGAUAUUUGGAGUAUAUAGAAUGACAGAUUUGCCCCUGGUAAGGUUAAUGAUUAUCAUCUUUGUCACCAUGUACGAAUUGAUGCAUAUCCCUCAUUUUUUGACUUCGUACUGCUGGCAUGAGUUUAAAGCUCUUGAUAAGUAUACCAAUGUUAUUGCAAAUUGUGUGCUCAGUGUGUGUGUUGGGACAUUCUGGUAGGCGACACAAGUCCGCUCAUCAACAAAGAGUUUAUUGCAGUUAAGCAAAGGCAAUUUUUUUUUUAAAUUCAUCCUCAGGUAUAAUUUUUUUGCUGUAGUUUAAAAUUCAACGUUUUUAAUAUUUUUAAUAAAUGUUGCUGCUCAUUGUUCCAAUAAGUAAUUUUACCUUUUGUAAAGAUUAUUUUUGUUUUCUUUUUCUAAGAAAUUAAAGUUUUGUUUAUGGUAGAUGGCUGGCAACAGGUUGUUGAUUCCAGCUCGCUGCAAGGUUGAGGGAGACAGUCAUCUCUAUUGGUCUUUGCAGUCCUGCCUUUCAUUACGCCUCCGGCCCGGGUCCCUGAGGAAACUCAAUGCCCACUCACCAGUCUGGCCACAGUAGAGUACACAGAAAAGACUGUUGUGGAGUAUAUCUGUCCAAUGUAAUUGGCAUGCUUUUCUCAAAAUCUCCAUUGCUCAGAAUGUCAUGUGCAAUGGGAUUUUGCUAUAGUUAAAUUGAAAUAUUUUUAUUUCAAAGUUAUUGUACUGAUAUGGCUUUCUUUAAGGGAAUGGGAAUCAUUUCAUCCUUUGUGCUGGUGAAGAAUUUAGCAGUUUUAAAAUACAGUUUCAUUAAUUUUUUUGGCCUGAUUUUCACAUUUCCUUAGUUUCUCUGUAAAGUUAUAGUAAAUGUAUAUGGGCUCAUAAUGCAAGAUCCCAUCUUUAAAUAACCAUAGGUAAAGACAAGUAAUUGGGAAAUUGUUGAAGAUGAUGGUAGAUGUAAUUGUAGGUGGUUUUGCGAAGUGUAAUACCGUUAAUCUUAACAAAUUUGUCAUUCAUUUAAUCCACACUUGUGGUCCAAUGAUAUCAUUUUUUUAUACUUUCAAAUAACAGAUUAUUUGUAUGCUUUUGAUUGCCAAAAGUUAUAAUUACAGUGUAUUUUAUAAGGAAGACUCUUUCCCUAUGCCUAAAUUUCUCCAAGUUUAAAUUAUUAUCUUAGGUCAUGGAUACAUUCCAAUGUUAGACAUCAGACUUCAGCCAUAAUACACAAUGUAUGCAUGACAUAUAGUUUUUUCAGUCACACUUUAGUCACACUUUUUGAGGUUUGGGUCUUAAAUGCUUAGUUUAAAUUACAAUGUCACCAACUGGAUGAGUAGAUGGCCUACUUAUCCUCUUGUGCGUGCAAGAUAACUUUUAGUGAAAAACAGCACAUUCAAAUUCUUGGGUGAUUUAUUCUGGUGAAAGUAUUUUGUGAAUUGCUGGUCCACAUCGUGCUCGAAGGAGGAAUCUUUUCGGGAAUAUUUGUUUCCAUCCACGCAUGCUGCUUAUCUGUCUACUCUGAGAUUCCCUUCCCUCUUUUUUGCCAGUCCCUACUUUGUAGCCUACAUGACUGCAACAAAAUAUCCAAUGAGUGAUGGGUGUACGUUCUAAUUGAAAGUUCUUUGUUCUCCUGUAUGAAUGAAAAUCAGAAGGAAUACAGUACAUUACUGUAGGUGCUGAUUCAGGCUUUCUGAGUUGGAUCAGAAAGUGUGACUUGGACAUUUAUUGCAAAAUGUAACAUAUGUUAAUAAAAAUAUAAACACA